UCUCUUCAGACGAUUCAUCAUUUUCUGUUGCUGUUUCUCCGAGUGCCUUUAUCCUCUCAAAUCGAUUUUUAUAAUAGCGCAACGAGUAAUAUGGUGCCAGAGCACGGUUCGUAUGCCAUUUACACCGUAUUUUCAAUCGAUCCUCGUCCACAUAUUUAUUGUACAGUUUCAUCGCGUCACGUUCCAUUUGUCGGUAGAUUUGGUUUUGUUGUUGUUUUGAUAGUUGUUCGAACGGUUUGUCCACAUUCAGCAUCUUUCGAGGCCAACUUUUUUCAACGCCAUAGCACACAUUACCAUGGUAUAGUUCAACGCGGCAUUGGAAUUUCCCGCAAAUAUCCACACAUUCCUUUGUAGUAAGCGGUGGAAAAUCAAUCUAAUGAAAUAUUCGUUGUUGAAUUAUUUUAGAAUUUGAAACAAAAAAAACUUGUAAUUUCCAUGAACAAAUUUUGUGUUCGUGCCUCAUCUUCGUCAAAAAAGGCAUCCAAUUGAGCUUGAUUCAAUUUGCCGAGAUUCGAUAGAUGCCAUGGUCUAAACUUUGGGUCAUUCCAAUCCGUUUCUUCUAGGAACAUAUUCUUCUGAAGGGAUCCAAGCAUACAGAUACACAAAAUUGCUGACAAUUUUCAUUUUCAAACACCAUGUUUGCUCCGAUUCGAUGGCAAACGUUUUUUUAAAUUGGGGCAAGAACAAUCGUCAAAUAAUUUGCUUCAAAUUUUGCGAAUGGUUUGGAUCUACACUACCAACUGUUCUAGUAAAUAGAUUCAUUGAUUUAUUUGAAAUUUGAAAUAUUCAUCUUCCAAAGUGUGAAAUUGAAAUGAUUUAAAAACGAAGAAUUACAUUUAGAUUCCCAAUGAAAGUCAAAUUGGAAUUUCUCAUGAGUUGUUUUUUCUGUUCAAAUAUCAUUCAAAUUUGUUCAUAGUUUGAAUUGGAUUUUGGGAAGAUGUCGCUAGUCGUACCUACGACAAAAAAAGGUUAUUGAGCUCAGCUGAUGUGCUGAAACCUGCAAAUGGAUGUUGUCUAUAUAUUGUGUAACGCAUCAAUUCAGGCGCUGAUACGAAACGAAAAUAGAAGAAAUUCGAUCAGAAAAAAAUCGACCGACAGAAAGAAAACUGUCAUUUUCUUCGCGGAUUGGCCCAAAAAUGUUGAAUCCUGAUCCACCCCGAAACAUGUUUGUGUGUUGUUUGUCUCAAGAAAAAAGCCUUGACAUUGCAUUACCAUUGAGUAAAUCAAAUGCCAAAAAGAGACAAAAAAGACAACCUAUCACACUACACUUAGCGUUCGAUGGCUGCGUAUCGGUCUCUCUCUCUCUGUGUUCAGCUAACUCGCUGUUACGAAUUUUACGUCGUAGUACUCGACAACAAUCCGAAUGUUCGAGCAAUGGCGCUGCGCGUGUGUGUGGUGCUGCUGCUGCUACGGCAGCAUUUGUUAUCUCUGUCUGAUGCGAUGUUGUUGAACGCAGGACAGUGGAGAGGGUAAUAUGUGACGGAUCCGAGGCUGAAACAGUAGAAAACGAAACAACAUUUGUCUCAUUCACGCAACUUUGUUUCUCUUACGUUUUUAUUAUUAUUCGAUGACAGAAUAAACACAAUUUUGUUAUUGACUGUAUGCAUACAUACGACUUACACAUUCUACAAUGAUGUGAGCAUAAACAUUACAGCGUAUUACUUAACAAGAAAGACAAAAUCAAAGACAUCCAGAAAAAGCGAAAAAAAAGCGAUUCUAAAUAAUAAACCAUCUAAAUAAAGUUGAAAAUUCAUCAAGUGCUGUUGAUGAAUUUAUUUAUUUUUUCGUGAAUUGAGCUGCCAAAAAAAUCGGUAAAAGAGUUCAGUGUGUGUAAAAUAAAGUGAAAGAAAAGUAUAUCAACAAGAGUAAAAGAUAGACAGAGAUUUGUAUGUGGAUGAAAAUAGGCGUUUGAAAACUCAAUGCUGAAUCAAACAAAAAUAAGUAUAAAUGAAAGAGCGAGCCAGAGAGGGAGAAAAAAAACCAAAUAAUAAAAAGAGAGUAUAAGCCAACCAAGAAUAUUUGUCGGCAAAGGAAAUUGCGCUAUUGAGAUAAAUGGUACACUACGUAUGAAUUGACAAUGUAAAACAGCGAAAAUGAGUUCAUGGAAUUCGAAUGGAAGAAAAAAUGAUUCAUAAGUGGUGAACAAAAUGACCAACCGAUUGAAAACAGUGAAAUAAAACCGUGAACCAAGCAAUUCUAAUCGAAUCAAAUCAACACUAGAGACACAAAUUUUGAAAAUCAAUUGAUGCAGUGGUAUGUGCGCGUGAAUGUUAUAGUGAUAUCAUCGCCGUGAAGUCACUGCUUCUGCUUAUUAUAUAUAUAUAUAUAUAUAUAUAUAUAUAUAUACAUAUAACACACAAAUUAAUAAUUUGAUCGUCUGAUUUUUGGUAAAUCAUGUUUCGAUCUUUUGCGGAGUUGUUUUGAAAUCGCUACAUCGACUGAUAAUAUUAUAGUUGAUGUCGUGGUAUUGAAACUGGUUGUACCACACGAAAUAGAAACAGAAACAAAAUUCAAUUUAUACUGUUCGAAGGGAAGCGCAUGAAUGGAACAACAGACGCAAAAAUCAACUACAUCCAGAGCAUCGGAAGCAACAACAUCCGUUAUACGUUUAGCCAUCAAUAAUGCCGACAAACUGUUCAAAGAUGUUGAUCGUCAAUUAAGUUUUCCGAAUAUAGACAAUAAACCACCUCUGACAUUGCUGGCAAUUGACAGUCCGACAUCGGCCAGCGAAAUAAAUGAUAGUUCGGAUGGUAUAGCGCAAGCGGACACCACUAAAAUGAUUGAAUCGGACUCGGAUGAUUGCUCGCGCACCGUUUUGGUCGACACAAAAACGCUCAACCGACAAAAGGAGCUCGACGAACGCUAUGGCGGUAGUAACGGACGUGAGGCACGCAAUCGAGCUGAGAAAAAUCGACGUGACAAAUUGAAUAAAUCGAUUCAAGAGUUGGCUGGACGCGUUCGAAAUGUGGCCGGCUCAUCAAAGCGUAUCGAUAAAACAGGCAUUUUGCGGUUCUCAGCACAUGGUCUCCGCAUCGAAUAUGUUUUCAAUAGCAGUGCAAACAGUCCGUGCCAGCUUAGUAUUAAUCAUUCGAGUGCUGAAUCCCUAAUGAAAUUGGUCAAUGGAUUUUUGAUAGCGAUAACGUGUCGUGGUAACAUUGUGGUCGUAACACCGAGUAUUGAACAACAUUUGGGACAUUGUCAGACUGAUUUGCUGGGCCAAAACAUAUUGAACUAUACUCAUCCGGAAGAUCAGGCCUUUUUGAAACAACAAUUGAUACCGAAGAAUUUGGAAAAGCUUUUUGACAGACAGCUGGAAGAUGAGAACGGCGAACCGAGAGCUCGCACUGAAGAGGAGGAAAAGGAAAUUGACCGGAAAUUGAAAGAUGACAAACGAUACUUUUCAAUAAGAUUGGCCAGAGCUGGUCCUCGUUCGGAGGCAACUACAUACGAAACGAUUUCCUUCAAUGGCAGUUUUCGUCGUGCCGAUGCAGCACCUCGUAGCAUGCGAAGCAAUAACUAUCCAGCCGGUUUGCAGAUGCUUCGACGACCACGGUGUGGUCGUGACGACUCAAUUCCAUUGCCUUCAAUCGGUGGAAAUGAUAUUAUUUUGAUUGCGAUGGGCCACAUCGUGAAACCGCCCGUUAUUUACGAUCGUUUAUUCGAAGCCAGCAAAUUUGAAUACAAAACACGUCAUCUCAUUGAUGGUCGCAUCGUACAGUGUGACCAAAGAAUUUCGCUUGUUGCUGGCUACAUGGCGGACGAAGUAUGCAAUUUAUCAGCGUUUACAUUCAUGCAUCGUGACGACGUGCGAUGGGUUAUGGUUGCGCUAAGACAAAUGUAUGACUUCAAUAGUCCAUAUGGUGAGUCAUGCUAUCGCCUUAUGACUCGUACGGGUAGCUUUAUUUACUUGCGAACAAGAGGAUACUUGGAUAUUGAUCGUGAUACGAACCAGGUGCGUUCAUUUGUAUGUGUGAAUGCACUGGUCGAUGAGGAUGAGGGUAAAAAGCUGGUGAAAGAAAUGAAAAAGAAAUUCACCAUUAUGAUCCAAGAGACGGAAAUUACGUCAAACGAACCAGAUGUGCCAGCCGUGGAGAAUCCCGUUCAAUUGGAACGUGCAAUUAUAAGUCUGAUAACAAAUUUACAUCAUAACGAUGUGGUCGGAUCGCCGGAAACGCAAGCCUCAAUUGAUGGCCACGAAAGUGAUACAAAUCGAAGUGUUAAGAGUCCACCCCUUGAAAUUAUACCACCAAAACCAUCAAGUAUAAAAACAUCCAUCGUGAAUAGUAUGCCCGUGGUGAAUGCGACGCUGAGGCAUUUCGAGCGGGACUCAAUGAGCGACACAGAGGAUGAUAAAACCGGUGUAAAAAAGGUGACCAAAGUGGUGCGAACAACAUCGGUGGUGCAACGAAAUGCGAAUGCAAAAGACGACACAACAGCAAACACAUCGAAUCGAAUGAAAACGACGAUAGGCAUCGCCUCGUCGUCGACAUCGUUGUCAUUCCAACCCAAUUCGACAACAAAUUGUAUCGCAGCAGCGCAGCCAAAUCGUACCUCGACUGGAUCGACUGACAUUUCUCCACAUAGUCUUAAAGAUAACGUAACCGUAAAACAAGAGCAACCCGAUUCAUUCGAGGAUUCGCGUGUGCCACCGUUGCCAACCAAUGCUGGGUACUUCGAAAUGAGCCCGUACGAUUCGCAACAGUACAUGGAGGACAUUGCUAGUCCUUUGGAAUGCAAGCCAUUCGAUUUCCUGGGUUUUGACCCGUUGCAAGUACAACAAGCGGAUCAAAGUCGAUUUUUAACACCCGAAACGGCUGCCCAAUACCAAUGCGUCGAUUCGCUAAGAUACCAACAAUACGAUACAGGAGAUCGGGCAAGUGACCAAUCAAAUCAACCCACCAAUGUGGGCGGCAUCAAGCGAAGUUGCAGCUCAGAAAAUUUAAGCACCACGAACAAAAGGCGAUUCUAUGAUGCGUCACAAAAUGGCGGUAAUGUUAGCGAAGACGAUGAAAAACUCCCACUGUCCAUACAUCAGACGUGCAUUGAACAUCUAACUGACCCUGGAUUAGGUCUAGAAGAGACGUUGCCAUCAAGUUUCGACGUACUAAAUGCAUCGUUGAUGGAAAUUAACGAGACUGCGUCCGAACUUCGUGAUCAAGGUACAACAAAUCAGCAAUUAAAUGAAAUACUUGAAGAAGGAAAGGAGCAAAGCCAAAUACUAGACAGCCUUCGGCAGAGGUAUGAAAUUUGUCUGCAAGCCGUACCUGAGACGAUAGACGAACCACAACUUUGUAACAUUGACGAUUGUGAUCUAAUUAGACAGUCGAGAUAAAAGGAACGAAAGACAGCGAAACAAACAACCACCACCACCAUCGCAAGCAACAAGCAACAUUGACCAUAUAAAUCAUUUAAGUCAUUACGUUUCUCCUUAUUCAACAAAUUUCUGUGGCAGCACGACAUAAAUGCACCAGCAUCAAAUGGUGGCUGUGAAAUUGACAACAUACACACACACAACGCACGUCAAACGAUCGAUGACUGUCUAUUUUGAGAACAAGACCUACAGAACGCCAUCUGCAUAUAUAUACACAUAAAAUAAUAUAUAUAAAUCAAUAAACAGAAAUAAUACGUUUUCUCAUUGUCAAUAUGAAUUAAAUGCAUGUGACAGCAAAAAAAAAAAAACCAACAAAAAUUAGAGAAUAUUUUCGGCUAUAUUUCGAUUGUAAACUAUUUUUGAUAAGUUCAUGGUAAACAAACGGGUAAAAAUCAUCAGCUUUUACUACAUAAGUGGAUUAAAAAAAGAAAAGAAAUAUAUUGUGAAAUGUGUCUAAAUAAACAAAACAAAACAAAAAAACUAUAUAUUCGUAAAUGUGAAGAAAAACCAAUUAUCCAGAAAUAAAAUCGAAAAUGUAAUGAAAAUCUGCUUGGACGAAUUGGAUGUGAAUGUGUGAUGUACAACGGUGUAAUGUGUGUGUUUACAUUGUCUCAAUGCCAGACGCUCACAUACACACAUCGAAAAACGGUACAAAAUCGCUGAUUAACCAAUUCAAACAUUCACAUUUCCAUGCAAACCACAAAUCCAUUUUCACAAGGAAAAAAAAUCGAUUUGAUAAAAACAAAAAGAAAAUCAUUUUCGAAUUUCGCGCGCUGCUGAAAAUUAAGAGAAAAAUCACCACAAAGUGAAGAAUUAAUUGAAGAGAAAUUAUAUUUUGAUGUAUGUUAAUAAAUUAUUGAUUAUUAUGGUUUUUGUUUUGUAAGCAGAGAGAAAAGGGGCACGCAUGCUUUAUUUUUUUUUCUUGCCAUUGUCCACACAUUAAUGAUAAAUUUAGAUUGUAAUUGUUAUUUUGAUUUUGCAUGCAAAUGCAAAUAAUGUAUAUCUAUCUGGUUUCGAAAGAACGUAGAUCGAACACAGACAGACACACACACACACACACACACACAUGAAAUGGAUGGAAAAUAUGUUUGACGUUGAACAAGAGGCGUACAUUAAAAUCACAUAUUAUAUUUCAAAGAAACUAUGACUAUGGUAUUUUGUUAUCAAAAGAGAAUAGUAAAAUUUUACGUUUGUUUCAGUGGAUUUAAUGGCAUUCGAUGCGACCGAAUGCGGCAGAAUAAGAUACAGAGAGAAAUGAAAGGAGAAAAAAAAUUUUAAUAAAAAAAUACAUGCCACGAAA